GCACUUUUACUGAGCGGUAAUGUACUACAUUUAAGGUUACUGUAAUAGUACGGUGAGUCCGUUUUAGUAUAAUGAUGGUGGCGAAGAAUCAUCGGGUUCGCUGACCGACUUUGAUGAACCUCCACCAUCGCUAGAUCUUGUCGUAUGCGAAACAUCAUCGCUUCAAAAGGAGGAUAGCCCGCCGGAGGGUUUGAUACGGCCCAAAGAGGACGUUCAGAUUAAGCCGAGGGCAGGUGUGAGUGCAGUUCUGGCUCGGCGCUUGGCUGCUUCGGUGACCGGGUCAUUUUCGGUAAGAGCCAUCAGUCUUACCGAUGCCAAUAAAGCAGCCAAAGCAGAAGAAAUCCUCGGUGAGCAUCAAUCAGACGUCUGUAAUUCACGUCACUUCACCGAGGAAUUCAACUUCAUAUUCGGAAAGUACAAGGUAUAA